GUCAGUAAUAAAAGUUGGCAUCGCCCACGGCUGUACUUUGGUCGCUUUAUCUUUGGCGGCUUGUCCUCAAACACCGAGAACUGAGUAUGUUUACUCACUCACGUGCCUGUCAGGCGUAUUUGACGUUAGAACUUUCAAAAUGGCGGGUGCAAAACUGUUCAGACUACGCCAUACACUGACGUUAUUUCUCGUCGUCCUGAUAACUUCUGAGCUGGUUUCUCAAGUCAGGUCCCAAACCUGCGUGAAGAAAAUGUCAUGCGCAUGCGAGAUGGACGAUAAGUCGGGUUACAUAGACCUCACGUCUGUCCAGUCGUCGGGUAAACCCAGGUUCAAGGACGUGACUCCCACGGAUUUUGGACCAUGGCUGUACUCCUGGAACCCGUGUGAAUCUUUCUCUAUGUCUCAGUGCUCCAAUGUGGCAGCAUGUCAAGUCAGUAGCACCGACACAACACAGUCCUUUGACAUCGGUAUUCAAGAUUCUGUCACCUUCAACAAGGAUGUAAACGACAACUGGGUGCUGACAUACACGAGCAGAGAUGGGACAAAAACUCUAAAUGUAGUUCUGGAGUGUACACAGAACAGUGAUGACCUCACAGUAACAGGCGAAGUAUCAACGAAUGCUUACCAAUUCACGUUAGUGAGUCGACACAGCUGCGUGAAGCAAGGGCCCUGGCCUGGACUAGCCGCCAGUAUAAGCUUUGGAUCCGUUCUGUGUAUAAUAUUCUUCCCCGGAAUUUUCCUGUACUGUGCGGGAGGAGUCGCCUUUAACAAAUUGGCGCGAGGAAAAAGCGGCAGAGACCUCGUACCUAACGUCUACUUCUGGUCAGAAUUACCCGGAACAAUAAAGGACGGCUACAGGUUUGCAACGAGCCCCUGUAGAGGUGCUACGGCAGGAGACACGAACUACGACAAAAUCUGAGGACAGUUUUGUUGCAUACUAUCGACACGCAAUGUCUUUUUCAUGUCUCUACUGUUUAUAAUAGCAUGGAGAAUUCGAAGCCCCCAGAAAUGUGCGUAGAAACAUCAGAAAGAUAUAUAGAAACGUCAGAUAUCUAUAGACUAUAUUUAGUAGAUAUUUUACGUUAUUGCGUCUGUGUGCUUACCCUUGCAAUUGGCAUUAGAUUUUAAAAACACUUUAUCAAUCAUACUAAAUUUUAGUAUGUGGUCAGCCAGAUAUAACAAUUUGAUAUUGUUAU